AUGCUCAUGACUCUUGGUGGAAGAAACAAACUCAGAUUUGUUGAUGGAACAAUUCCUCCACUUGAUCCUAAAGAUCCUUUGCAUCAUGUGUGGCUCCGUAACAACAACAUUGUUGCAUCAUGGCUCAUGAAUUCCAUUUCAAAAGAAGUUGCUGCAAGUGUCACCUAUUCCUCAAAUGCAACAACAAUAUGGAAGGAUCUUGAGGAUCGCUUCCAGCAAAACAAUGGACCUCGCAUCCUUCAACUAAAACAUGAUUUGUCAAAUUGCUUGCAAGGUUCCCUCUCUAUUUUGCAGUAUUACUCAAAGAUGAAAUCGAUCUGGAAAGAACUCAGUGAGUACAAGCAUGUACAUCAUUGUCACUAUGGUGGUGUUCAAUCACUCUUAGAUCACUUUCAUUUUGAGUAUGUCCUGAAAUUUUUGCUAGGCCUCAAUGAAAGUUACAGUCAGAUUCAUGGCUAG